ACACGAAUUCAUACACGUUUUGCACCUCUAAAAACACACUGCUAGCAAUCUGCAAAUUCCUUCUGUGUUUGAGUGCUCAAACACUAGUUCGUUGUCAUCGUAUCCUGGGAAACUAUUGUUGCAACGCUCCUAUCACUGUGGGAGGCAACAAAUACGUUUUAAGGACAUCGUGCGUAGCACGAGCUUUGACUAAUUCUGCUUCAUCUCCUUUCUUGUUUUUCUCUAGUCAUUUUAUUAAUUAAUUUAUUUUAAUUAAUUUUCUUUAUUUUCCGAAACACACCCAACAAUGUUGUGAUCAUUAUUUAUUACUCUUCCCUCUUCACCACACCUCUUUGAAUUUUCUUUAUGUCUACAGGCAAUUUCUCAGGCACUCUUAACCAGUAAGGUUAACAGCGAUUUUGUAAAGUGCAGCACAGGGAAAUUUCUAGGUUUAUUAUUCAUUGGUGGUUUAAUAUUUCUCAUGAUGACUCAUACCAGUACCCUUCAUUCUGUCUCUCACAAUAUUGCAAAUGAUAGUAGGUCAACUGAAGUAGGGAACUUCAUAGCUGAUGGAACAAAUAAAGUUAAGCGUCUUUUGAGAAGAUCUCCCAGACUCCCCCCUAGGUUAUCACCAGAUGAAAUGGUUUUUGGCAAUAAAUCUACACACGGUAACCAGAACUCACACACUAGUUCCAAAUGGCUAUCAAAUUAAGCAACAAAGAGUGAAGGAUGCAUUUAUCCAUGCAUGGUCUGGCUACAAAAAUGACGCAAAGGGCUAUGAUGAGCUUAUGCCACUUAGCCACAAGGGAGUUGACGGUUUGGGAGGCUUGGGAGCUACAGUUGUAGAUGCUUUAGACACAGCCAUGAUAAUGGGGCUUCACGAGAUUGUGCAGGAGGCAGGCUCAUGGAUUGGAAGUCACCUUCCUGAGAGGGUAAACAACAAAGGACAAGUAAAUUUAUUUGAAACGACAAUACGUGUGCUAGGUGGUCUUCUAAGUGCUUAUCACUUAAGUGGUGGGGAGCAAGGGGGAAAUCCAUUAUUAAAGGGGCCUAGAUUACCCCUCAUUAAUGCAUUGAUGUUUUAAAGGAGAAGAGUAAUAGUGGUAAGAGAGCAAUUGAUUGUCCCUUGGUAUCAAAAGAGACUUCUUUUAGAACAAUUAUUUUCUAUAAAGCAGCACUAAUUUAUAAACAGUAAGACUGUCUUCUCUUUUUACAUUCUUAUAGUUGCAGGGCUAUAUUUUACUUGUGAAGGAGCUAUAAAUUCGUAGUGUGUAGGAUUGAUCUAAAAUUAUGUGGUUGUUUAAAACCUAGUUGUAAUUUAUUGUAUUGACCUUGUAACGGCAGCCCUCAAUCUGGAGAAUUUAGUGGAGACAAUAUUAGACUUGGAUCUCGUGGUGAUAGCUACUAUGAGUAUCUUAUAAAGGUGCGGCUUCAACAACGGGGACGUAACUGCUCAUACUUAUAUGAUUAUGUAUAUGGAAGCAAUGAAGGGUGUUAGACACCUUCUUGUUAGGAAAUCUGUUCCAAAUGGGUUGGUGUUCGUUGGAGAACUGCCUUAUGGGCCACAAGGGGACUUUGUUCCAAAGAUGGAUCACCUGGUUUGUUUUCUUCCUGGCACUCUGGCGAUUGGUGCCACAAAAGGUAUAACGAAAGAAAAGGCUAUGAGGGAGAGCUUGCUCAAUUUUGAAGAUCUGGAAAAUCUCAAGCUUGCAGAAGAUCUGGCCAAGACAUGUGUUGAGAUGUACUCUGUAACUUCCACUGGGCUUGCUCCCGAAAUUGCUUAUUUCAAUGAGGGAAAUUCUGGGGGUGGUUCUGAUGGUGGAAACAAAAGUUCAAAAUAUGUGAAUGACAUAAUCAUAAAACCGGCUGAUCGUCACAAUCUCGUGUCCUGAAACUGUUGAAUCAUUGAUGAUAUUGUAUCGCAUCACAGAAGAUCCCAAGUAUGCCUUGUUAUUCAUUUACAUGCUUCUUUGUCUUGUCUAAUCUCUUUAUUAGAGGGUAUGUUUGGAUCCCGGAAAAUGAUAGGGAAAGGAAAAGAAAUAGAUGGUGCAGAAGUUAAAGGGGCAGCGCAGUGUCCAUUGGCGUCCCCGCAAGGAAAGGGUCUGGGGAGGGAUCCUGCCACUAUAAGGGGCACGCCUUCUCUUGUCAUAUUGACAAGGGGACGCUCCCAAGACUUGAACCUGUGACUUCUCAUUCACACAACAACUCCGUAACCGUUUUAUGAAUGGUUUUACUCAUAAAUACUAAAAUAAGUAUAUAUCCCACAUAAGUUCGUUGUAUUCUAGUUUAUUUUUUAUUUCCCUUGAAUUUUCCGGGUUCUAAACGGACCCCGUUGAUAUUUGCUUAUAUGGUUGUGCGUCCCGCAAAAAAGUUGAUAAUUAUGUCAAAAUGUGUAAUCACCUCUGCAGAUACCGCGACUGGGGCUGGGAAAUAUUUGAAGCCUUUGAGAAGUACACAAAACUUGACUCUGGAGGUUACACUUCCCUUGAUGAUGUCACCAUAAUUCCACCCCGGAGAAGAGACAAGAUGGAAACAUUUUUCCUAGGCGAAACCCUAAAAUACCUAUACUUGCUGUUCGGGGACAGUGAUGUUGUCCCCUUGGAUCAGUUUGUAUUUAACACAGAAGCACAUCCCAUUCCCAUCAAAGGAAAUCCCCUAUCAUGAAUUCAUGAUUCAUGAAUGGAUGGAGUCGUUUUUUUCUUCCUUUGGUGAUUAAAUAUGUAUUUUAGUCAUACUGAUAUGUCAUAUGUGUACUAUAGAUGUACUAUAUUUUUGUGCCUUGUAAUUGCUGGACUUCUCAAAGGUUAAUACUUUUGUACCAAAAUUUGAAAUGCUAAUGUAAUUUGAUAGAUCAUCUUCCAAGUAAACAAGGACUCGUUCAAGCCUUUUAAACUUUCGAUAUGUAAGAGAACACAGAAUGGUAUAGUUUCGUUGAAGUGCUUAAAAGAAAUCUGCAUUGUAU